UCUCUCGUGGCCGCUGACACCAUCUCGGGGCCGAGCCUUGCAGAGCGGGAAUCGGAGGUGGAAUCCGAGGCGAGCGGAGCCGGGUGAUGUGGGCCCAGAAUGGAGUCGCGCGCGGACGGCACGUCUGGGACGCUUCCUGCACCCACAGGCCCUGAGGUGUUGGUGCCCAUGGGCAAAGAAGUCAACUGAGCCAGGCCCAGGCUAGUCCCAGCCCAGCUGCUCCCAAUACCACCCAGUCACAGGAAGUCUUCCAGGUCUGCACCAGCCCAUAGACUGAACAGAGAGUUGGAUGGGGCUGAUUGCACAGGUUGGAGUGUCCCUUCACCUCUUCCCUGCUGUUUCUCUGUAGGAGUCCUGCUGAGGAGCCCUGAGUCCAGAGCACAGCCCGAGAAAGGUGGAUGUUUCCAUGUGCACAUUGGAAGCUCACAUGGGGAAUGUGUGCUGACCCCAACUGCAGAAAGGAUCAAAGCUACUCAUGUCCUGUGCCUGAGGGUUCCUGAGACAAUGUUUUGGCUCCCUUGAGUCUGUGGAGCUGUGUAGACUCCCACCCACAUCUAGGGGCUCUGACCCUCUCCAGCCUCUGACCAGCUCCCAAGCUGUCUCCUGUCUCCACCUAAUCUGAGAGGCUCCACAAGCUUCAGGGCUCAGCUGGGGACCACAGCAGUUAGGUGCAUGCUGAGACCACGACCAGGCUGCUGUUCCCCAGGCCCCCAGUGGCCCCUCUGUUUGUCUCCCAGCACCAUCUGACCCAGGUGAGCGAGAGGAUGCUGGCGGGGGGCGUGAGGAGUGUGCCCAGCCCCCUCCUGGCCUGCUGGCAGCCCAUCCUCCUGCUGGUCCUGGGCUCUGUGCUAUCAGGCUCUGCCACAGGCUGCCCACCCCGCUGCGAGUGCUCAGCCCAGGACCGCGCCGUGCUCUGCCACCGAAAGCGCUUCAUGGCAGUUCCUGAGGGCAUCCCCACUGAGACUCGCCUGCUGGACCUGGGCAAGAACCGCAUCAAGACACUCAACCAGGACGAGUUUGCCAGCUUCCCACACCUGGAGGAACUGGAGCUCAAUGAAAACAUUGUGAGCGCUGUGGAGCCUGGCGCCUUCAACAACCUCUUCAACCUGCGGACGCUGGGGCUGCGCAGCAACCGCUUGAAGCUUAUCCCUCUGGGUGUCUUCACUGGCCUCAGCAACCUGACCAAGCUGGACAUCAGUGAGAACAAGAUCGUCAUCCUGCUAGAUUACAUGUUCCAGGACCUGUACAACCUCAAGUCACUGGAGGUCGGCGACAAUGACCUUGUCUACAUCUCCCACCGAGCCUUCAGUGGCCUCAACAGCCUGGAGCAGCUGACACUGGAGAAAUGCAAUCUGACCUCCAUCCCCACAGAGGCGCUGUCCCACCUCCAUGGCCUCAUUGUCCUACGACUUAGACACCUCAACAUCAAUGCUAUCCGGGACUAUUCCUUCAAGAGGCUCUACCGGCUCAAGGUUUUAGAAAUCUCCCACUGGCCCUACCUGGACACCAUGACCCCCAACUGCCUCUACGGCCUCAACCUGACAUCCCUGUCCAUCACACACUGCAAUCUGACUGCCGUGCCCUACCUGGCUGUGCGCCACCUGGUCUAUCUCCGCUUCCUCAACCUCUCCUACAACCCCAUCGGUACCAUUGAGGGCUCCAUGCUGCAUGAGUUGCUCAGGCUACAAGAGAUCCAGCUGGUUGGUGGGCAGCUAGCCAUGGUGGAGCCCUACGCCUUUCGUGGGCUCAACUACCUACGUGUCCUCAACGUCUCCGGCAACCAGCUGACCACUCUGGAGGAGUCAGCCUUCCACUCGGUGGGCAACCUGGAGACCCUCAUCCUGGAUUCCAACCCGCUGGCCUGUGACUGUCGGCUGCUGUGGGUAUUCCGGCGCCGCUGGCGGCUCAACUUCAACCGGCAGCAGCCCACGUGCGCCACGCCUGAGUUUGUCCAGGGCAAGGAGUUCAAGGACUUCCCUGACGUGCUCCUACCCAACUACUUCACCUGCCGCCGCGCCCGCAUCCGGGACCGAAAAGCCCAGCAGGUGUUUGUGGAUGAGGGCCACACAGUGCAGUUUGUAUGCCGGGCAGAUGGCGACCCACCACCUGCCAUCCUUUGGCUCUCGCCCCGCAAGCACUUGGUCUCGGCCAAGAGCAAUGGGCGACUCACGGUCUUCCCCGAUGGCACGCUGGAGGUGCGCUACGCCCAGGUACAGGACAACGGCACGUACCUGUGCAUUGCAGCCAAUGCGGGUGGCAAUGACUCCAUGCCUGCCCACCUGCAUGUGCGCAGCUACUCGCCCGACUGGCCACAUCAGCCCAACAAGACCUUCGCCUUCAUCUCUAACCAGCCGGGCGAGGGAGAGGCCAACAGCACCCGCGCCACCGUGCCUUUCCCCUUCGACAUCAAGACCCUCAUCAUCGCCACCACCAUGGGCUUCAUCUCCUUCCUGGGCGUCGUCCUUUUCUGCCUGGUGCUGCUGUUUCUCUGGAGCCGGGGCAAGGGCAACACAAAGCACAACAUUGAGAUUGAAUAUGUGCCCCGGAAGUCGGACGCAGGCAUCAGUUCUGCGGAUGCGCCCCGCAAGUUCAACAUGAAGAUGAUAUGAGGACGCGGCGGGGGGCAGGGACCCCCCCAGGCACGCUGGGCAGGGAAGGGGCCUGGCUGCUGCCUGCUUACUCCCAGCCCUUCCCACCUCCUCCCUGCCUUCCACACACUCUCGCCCUCCCUUCCUCCUCGCCCCUGCUGCCCCGCCAGCCCUCACAGCCUGCCCUCCUUCUACCAGGACCUCAGAAGGCCAGGCCUGAGGACCCCACCUGCACAGGGGCCAGAGUUGACAGACGAAUCCAAAGCCGACAGCAACACGGCAGUCAAUAAUUCAAUUUAAAAAAAGUUACAAACUUCCUCUGUAACUUGGGUUUCAAUAAUUAUGGAUUUUUAUGAAAACUUGAAAUAAUAAAAAGAGAAAAAACUAUUUCCUAUAGCUAGUCGGAAUGCAAACUUUUGACGUCCUGAUUGCUCCAGGGCCUUCUUCCAACUUAGUUUCUUGUUUUUCUCUUCCUCCUCCUCUUCCUCCUUUCUCUUCUCUUCCCCUGUGGGGAGGGAUCACUCAGGAAAACAGGAAAGGAGGUUCCAGCCCCACCCUCCCACCCACCCCACCAGGCACCAUUAGGAGCAGUUGGGUGGCAGCUGUCUGUCUGGGUCCAGCUCUGGGCUGGCUUUUGGCAGGAAGUGGGUGGAGGGGACAGGACUGCCCGAAGAUGGUGGGGCCUGUCUGCUGGGCUGCCAGGUAGCACUACCACAGGGAGGUGGAGGCCAGGCUGGGGUGUGGCUGAGACACUGGACAGGGGCUGGGGUCCUCCUGGGGGAACAGCACAGUCAGUGGAAAGAGCCAAGAACCAGAGGUAGGCUUGAGACCUUGUCUCUGGUCCCAGCUCGGCUGCUCAUUUGCUGUGUGACCUCAAGCAGGUCACUGGUCCUCUCUGGGCCUCAGUCUCCACAUCUGUAAAAAUGGGAACAUUAUCCCUGCCCUGCCUACCUCACAGGGCUGUUGUGAGGAAUUGAUGAGAUGAUGUAUGUGAAACACUUUGUAAUCUGUAAAGCGCUGUGCACAUGUGUGGGUGA